UUCCUGUUUUUCUCUCUUUGUGUGAGUUGAAUCUUCUUUACUUUCGCUUUCAGCUGCUCGGACUGAUGGCGCAAUAAGAAUUUCAUCUGCGAGUUUCCUCGCAGCCACACCCAGCUGCACCUCCAGGUACACACAUGCUGACAUGGAGGCAAAGGGGAGUCCACAGUGUGGAUAUGAAGCAGCUCAGUGGCUGACAGCAGACUUCCAGGUUUGAUCAAUAACAGCACAGUUUCAGGCUCACAAAGGUGUUCAUCAUCAGCCUCAUCACAGGUAGUGAACCUGCUGACUCAGCAUUGUCAGUUACUGUGAGUUUCUCUCUGCUGGGUUCCAGUUCAGUGACACGAUGGCAGAGGCAGCGACUGAAGCAUCUGAGACAGAAGAUGUCAGACCCAGGAAGCGCAGCAGCAGCUUUGAAUUGCUGCCACCUGACAUGUCUGAGCUGAGGGUUGUGCUGCUGGGGAACAGCUGGACUCACAGGAGUGAAGUGGGGAACUUCAUACUGGGAGAGACUGUGUUUGAUCUUCAGAAAGAAGACAGCCGCUGUGUGAGAGAGAGUGGACAGCUAAAGGAGAAGAAAAUAACUCUCAUCAACACUUCAGAUCUGCUGCUUCCCAACAUCUCUCAAGACAAACUGACACAGGAUGUAGAAAGCUGUGUGAGCCUCUCUGCCCCUGGACCUCAUGUGUUCCUGCUGGUACUACAGCCUGAAGACUUCACUAAGGAUCAGAAACAGAGGUUACACAGAGUCCUUGAAACCUUCAGUGAGCGCUCUUUUGAUCAUUCACUGGUACUAAUAUCAACACCCAGAGAGGAGAGAUCAGCUGGAAACUACAUGCGACAUCCAGCCUUAAAGGACCUGAUCAGAGAAUGUAGAUACAGACACUUGAACCGAAUGAACCUUGAACUCCCAGAGCUGUUAACUCGCCUGGGUCAAGUAGUGAAGGAGAACAAUGGAGAGCCUGUGAGCUGUGAUGUGUUUGAGGAUGCAGCUGCUGAUCAACAAACACCAACACCUCGCAACUGGGAUCCUGUUAGAGCUGCUGGGCAGAAACUGUCCUCAGCAACAAGCUCUGCCUUGAACUGGAUGAAAUCCACCACAACACACAGUCUGUCAUCAGAGGGAAGCUCUGUCGACCAGCCAUCUGGACUCAGGAUUGUGCUGUUGGGGAAAAGUGAGGACAAAAGGACAACAUUAGUCAACUUCAUAAUAGGAAAAAAAGCUUCUCAUUUACCAAAACCUUCCCUGGAAAAGCACUGUGUGGAUGCCUGUGGAGAGUGGAAAGGAAAAUCUUUAACAGUGGUGAAAACUCCAGACAUCUUCAGUCUGCCUGUGGAAACAGUGAGAAAAGAGAUGAAGAACUGCAUGGCUCUUUGCUCUCCUGGACCAAAUGUUCUGUUGCUGAUAGUGAAGCCUUCUGACUUCACAGAGGAGAACAGACUCACUCUGAAGUUCAUCCUGAGUUUGUUUGGUCAAGAAGCCUUUAAACACUCCAUGGUCAUCAGCACACAUGAGGGAGGUGGAACAAGUUCAUCUGUAAGACAGCUCCUUGAAGAAUGUGGAGGAAGGCACUACAGCAUGUUAUCAGAUGACCGUCCACUGUUAAUGGAGAUGAUGGAGAACAUUGUGAGAGAAAACAAUGAGAGCUGCCUCACCUCCACUGAAGAGACAGCUACUGUGAGACCAGAGUGUGUGAACCUGGUGCUCUGUGGGAGGAGAGGAGCAGGGAAGACUUCAGCAGCCGAGGCCAUUUUGGACCAGAAGAUGUUUGAUCCAGGCUCUGAGUCUGCAGUGUGUGUGAAGAAUCAGGGAGAGGUGUGUGGACGUCGGCUUUCCCUGGUGGAGCUUCCUGCCUUGUCUGGAAAACCUCAGGAGGCAGUGAUGAAGGAAUCAUUCAGGUGUGUCUCCCUCUGUGAUCCUGAGGGCGUCCAUGCCUUCGUCCUGGUCAUACCUGUGGGUCCCCUCACUGAUGAAGACAAAGGAGAGUUAGAGACCAUCCAGAGCACAUUCAGCUCUCAGGUCAAUGACUUUACCAUGAUUCUGUUCACUGUGGAGUCAGAUCCUAACCAUCCAGCUGUUGGUAACUUUCUAAGUCAGGACCAGGACAUCCAGCAGCUCUGUCAGCAUUAUGGAGGACGAUAUGUUGUCCUCAACAUCAAGGACAGACAGCAAGUACAUGAGGUGUUGGACGCUGUGGACAAAAUUAGACUUUCCAAAAAUAUACCGUAUGGUUACACAACAGAGAUGUUGCACCUUGCCCAAGUAGAUAAGAUCUUACAUCAAGAGAAAUGCACCAACUUGCAACACACUGAACUGGAGAAGCAGGCUUUAGAAAAGGAGGAGACUAUUAGAAGACUUACAGCUGAACUGCAGAAUCUAAAAAAGGAAAAACAGUUAUCAGGUUUUGAAAGUCAGAGCACAGAGUGUCUCAGGAUGGUGCUGAUUGGGAAGACUGGCAGUGGGAAGAGUGCCACUGGAAACACCAUCUUUGGCAAAAAGCAUUUUAAAUCCAUAGCCAGUAUGAUGUCUGUGACCAAAUUUUGUGAGAAAGCAACUGGAGAGGUUGAUGGCAGGCCUGUUGUUGUGGUCGACACGCCCGGCUUGUUCGACACAGCUCUCUCCAAUGAUGAAGUUGCACAUGAGGUUCUGAAGUGCAUCAGCAUGUUGGCUCCUGGACCACAUGUGUUCUUACUGGUGCUGCCGAUUGGUCGCUUUACUCAAGAGGAAAAAGAAACAGUGAACCUGAUCAAGGAAGGAUUUGGUGAGAAGUCAGGAGAUUUCAUCAUUGUUGUGUUCACUAGAGGAGAUGAGCUGGAAGAUCAGUCUUUUGAGAAUUACAUUGAGAAGGGUCAUGACUUUGUCAAAAAGCUGAUAGCUGACUGUGGAGGGAGAUACCAUGUCUUCAACAACAAGGAUCAGACAAACCGCACACAAGUCAGAGAGCUGUUGACAAAGAUCGACAACAUGGUGAAGACAAAUGGAGGAGGCUGCUACACCACUGAGAUGUUCCAAGAGGCUGAAGCAGCCGUAAAGAAGGAAGUGGAGAAGAUUUUGAAGGAGAAGGAAGAAGAGAUGAAGAGAGAGAAGGAGGAGCUGGAAAGAAAACAUCAAGAAGAAAUGAAAGCGAUGAGAAUUGAAUUGAAGAGGAGAGAAAACAGAGAGUUAAACUUCUCAAAGAAAAGUAGGAAGACAUGAAUAAAGAGCAUGAAGAGAGAAAGAAAGAAAACAAAAGGAGAGAAGAAGA